AUUUAGACCACGCGCGCGCGGCCUGCAACUUCUGCAGCGAAUGUACCUGGAGCUAGUCGCUGCUGAUGCCUACAAGCGACUCCUCAGCCUACACUGUGACAUUGCUAUCUGCAUCGACCUGCCCUCAUUUUUCAACAAGCGCGUGUUGAUAGGUCUCCGCACUGCUGCAAGGCCUCACGAGCACAUCCCAACAGAAGCUUUCGGGCCCCGUGCAUUCCGCCUAACGGUGUCAGCGCCGCAUUGAAGGUUUGUACGCGUCAAGAGCUGCAUAUAAUCAGGAUAAUUUCGCCCCGCAUCGACCUCGGCGUCUCGUACUUCAGGCACCCACAUCAGCGUCCACCCGUCUGUACAUAGUCUCCACCGCCACGAGCCAUGGCCACCGAAACACAUCCCUUUGCCUCUCCGAACGCCAUACCCCCUCGCACAAGCUCCACCGGCCAAGUCACGAUCGGGCAUCCUGCGAGUCCCCGUCAAAGCGUCUUGCGCCCACUCUCAGAGAUCGACUGGAUGAGCCAAAGCAAGAAGAGCAAGACGUCGCACGCCUCAAUAGAGCCGGUCGUUAGCACACAAGCACAGCCGCACUCGCACUCGCAAUCACAAUCGCAUUCACGGUCGGAGCCAAUGAACCUCGAAGAAGUCAGCACAAACUACCCCACUCCGCUCUCGCCGCCAGCCGACGCGAAAAAUCUGGGCGAAGACCUCAUAUAUGGCAACGGUGCGGCUUGGACGGAGGAGAAGGAGCGCCUUCUCCUUGGGCCCUACGACUACCUCUGGGGUCAUCCGGGCAAGGACAUUCGGUCGCAAUGCAUAGCAGCGUUCAAUUUGUGGCUGCAGGUCCCACCUGAGCGGCUGGAAACUAUAACACGGGUUGUUGGUAUGCUACACACAGCGUCUCUGCUGGUCGACGACGUCGAAGACAACUCAUUAUUACGGCGCGGCAUCCCCGUCGCAAACAGUAUCUUUGGCGUCGCGCAGACAAUCAACUCGGCGAACUAUGUUUACUUUAAGGCGCUACAGGACCUGCUGCUCAUGGGCAACCCCAAGCUCAUCGAGAUAUUCACCGAGGAGCUGUUGAACCUCCACAGAGGCCAGGGCAUGGACCUGUACUGGCGCGACAGCCUGACCUGCCCCAGCGAAGCCGACUACCUCGAAAUGGUCGGCAACAAGACGGGCGGCCUCUUUCGGCUCGCCAUCAAGCUCAUGCAAGCCGAGAGCGCAGUCCAAGUCGACUGCGCCCCGCUCGUCUCCACAAUCGGGCUGCUCUUCCAAAUCCUCGACGACCACCUCAACCUCUCGCCGACCUCGGGCUACGCCUCGCUCAAAGGCCUGUGCGAAGACCUGACCGAAGGCAAAUUCUCCUUCCCCGUGAUCCACGCCAUCCGCGCCGAUCCGGGCAACCAGAUCCUGAUCAACAUCCUGAAGCAGAAGACGACGGACGAGGAAGUUAAGCGCUACGCGUGCAAGUACAUGGAGGCCAAGGGCAGCUUCGAGUACUCGAAGCGGGUUAUUGAUGAGCUGAGGGGGAAGACGGAGGGGCUUGUUAAGGGGAUUGAGGAGGGGUUGGGGGAUCAAGGGACGCAAGGCGCGGAGGCGCUUAGGAAGAUGUUGGGUAGGUUGGUGUUGAGGUGAAUUACGUAGUGGAAGGGACAGUAAUGUUGGAGUAUCCGAGCAUUGCAUAGCGAUGCGCUUAAUGAUUACGAAGUUACGCUAUU